CCGAGCAAGCGCGACUAGCCAAGAAGGCUGAGCCUGCCUUAGCUCAUCAAUGGCCGACCAACCCAAAUUGAAAAAGGCGCGGCAACCAUGAACAAAUCCUCUCUGCUUACCUUACUAUGAUUUGCAGGUUUCUUACACUCGCUUUCAGAUUAAAACCAAAUCUGAAUCCUCACAACCUUAGCCUUUCAACUUCAUCUGUUCCAGCAGAAAACCUUGUAAAUUUGAAAAUCCAUAAUCAGAGUUUUGAAACCUCACCGUCUUCACUGAUCCCUCUGCAGAAGCUGAUUGACCGGUACAAAAAGUCUCGAUUACGCUUUCGAAUUUCGACCUCUUCACCAGCUCCAAGUGAAGAACCGUUUUGUGAUUCGUUUUCGUAUUCUGAGAAAUACGAGUGCCUAGUUCGUCAGUGUGAAGGUUCUUCUAAUCCUGAAGAUGCUGAACGACUCCAUUCUCAAAUCAUCAAGAAUGGGUUUGUCGGUAAUUUAUUCCUAUAUAAUACGCUCAUUAAUCUAUAUGUUCGAACGAGUAAUGUGGCAUCGGCCCACCGGUUGUUUGGUGAAAUGCCGGAGAAAAAUGCGGUUACGUGGACUUGCUUGAUAUCUGGCUAUACCCAUCAGCACAUGCCUGAUGAAGCAUGUGCUCUUUUGCGCUCGAUGAUUUGUGCCGGAUAUCUUCCAACCCACUAUACAUUUGGUAGUGUACUCCGAGCUUGUCAGGAUUCUGGGCCUGGUAAGCUUCGGUUUGGAAUGCAAGUCCAUGCUCUAAUUUCUAAAACCCCGUACAUGCUGGGCGUUGUAGUUUCAAAUGCCAUGGUUUCAAUGUAUGGCAGUUGCUGCUUGGAAUCAGUAGUAUAUGCUCGCAGAGUUUUUGAUGAAAUACAGAUAAAAAAUUCAAUAUCUUGGAAUUCCAUUAUUUCUGUCUAUUCUCAAAGGGGAUAUGCCUUUUCUGCUUUUGAGCUCUUCGCAGAAAUGCAGUUGGAGGAUUCUGGGUUCAGUUCUAAACCUAAUGAAUAUACUUUUGGCAGCCUCAUAACUGCGGCUCAUUCAACUUCCAGUGAUUGUAGUUUGUGUUUACUUGAGCAGAUGUUUGCCCGAGCUGUAAAAUCUGGAUUCUCUAGUGAUUUGUAUGUAGGUAGCGCUUUGGUUAGUGGAUUUUCGAGGGUUGGUUUACUUGAUGAAGCUAGAAAGAUUUUUGAAAAAAUGAGUGAGAGAAAUGUGGUUUCCAUGAAUGGACUGAUGGUUGGUUUGGUGAGGCAGAAAAGAGGAGAAGCAGCAACCCGGGUUUUCAUUGAGACAAAAGACUUGGUGGGGAUAAACUGUGAUUCUUAUGUAGUUCUUCUUAGUGCUUGUGCUGAGUUUAAGGUGCCAGAAGAAGGGAAAAGGAAGGGUAGAGAAGUCCAUGCGUUUGUACUCAGAACAGGCCUCAAUGAUGUAAAGGUUGCCAUUGAAAAUGGGCUGGUGAACAUGUAUGCCAAAUGUGCUGCCAUUGAUGAUGCCUGCAAGGUUUUCAAUUUCAUGAGUGUUAAAGAUUUGGUGUCGUGGAACUCCAUGAUCUCUGGUCUUGAUCAAAAUGGAUGUUUCAAAGAGGCAGUGAUGAACUUUCAAGGAAUGAAGAGAAGUGGAUUCGUGCCUUCAAAUUUUACAUUAAUUAGCGCUUUGAGUUCAUGUGCAAGCUUGGGGAACAUCAUACUGGGGGCACAAAUUCAUUCUGAAGGAAUCAAAUCAGGUCUUGAUUUGGAUGUCUCAGUCUCAAAUUCGCUUCUUGCCUUCUAUUCAGAAGCCAACCAUCUCACUGAUUGCCGGAAAGUGUUUUCUCUUAUGACAGAGUAUGAUCAAGUUUCAUGGAAUUCCAUCAUUGGGGCAUUAGCUGAUACAGAAGCUUAUGUUCCCCAUGUCAUAGAGCAUUUCUUGGAUAUGAUGCGAGCUGGUUGGAGUCCAAACAGAGUGACUUUCCUAAAUGUUCUUGCAGCAAUAACAACACUUUCAAUUCACGAGCUGGGGCGUCAAGUUCAUUCCUUAGUGCUAAAGCAUUGUAUUGCAGAUGAUAGCACCAUAGAGAAUGCACUUCUCUUUUGCUAUGGGAAGUGUGGGGAAAUGGAUGAUUGUGAGAAAAUAUUUUCAAAAAUGUCAGAUAGGAGAGAUGAAGUUUCCUGGAACUCCAUGAUUUCUGGAUAUAUACGUAAUGGGCUCUUGACAAAGGCCAUGGAUUUGGUUUCGUUUAUGAUACAGAAGGGACAGAGACUGGAUGGUUUCACUUUUGCAACAGUUCUCAGUGCAUGUGCCUCUGUUGCAGCAUUAGAGCGUGGCAUGGAAAUUCAUGCUCGAUGGAUAAGGGCUUGCCUGGAAUCUGAUGUUGUAGUUGAGAGUGCACUUGUUGAUAUGUACUCUAAAUGCGGAAGGAUAGACUAUGCCUCAAGGGUCUUCGGGGUGAUGCCUAUGAAAAAUGAGUUUUCUUGGAAUUCAAUGAUAUCAGGUUAUGCAAGACAUGGGCAUGGCGUGGAGGCACUAGAGCUGUUUGAUAGGAUGCUGCAGGAAGGAAAACCACCAGAUCAUGUUACUUUUGUUGGUGUCUUGUCAGCUUGUAGCCAUGUGGGGUUAGUUAACAAAGGUUUUGAGCAUUUUGAGUCCAUGAGCAAGAAAUAUGGUCUGACUCCAAGGAUGGAACAUUUCUCUUGCAUGGUGGAUCUCCUUAGCAGAGCUGGAGAGCUCAGUAUGGUAAAGGACUUCAUUGAAAGCAUGCCAGUGAGCCCCAAUGUUCUUAUUUGGAGAACUGUACUAGGGGCUUGCUGUCGCACAAAUGGUGGUAAAACAGAUCUGGGGAGGUGGGCUGCAGAGAAUCUUUUGGCAUUGGAACCUCAAAAUGCAGUGAAUUAUGUCCUCCUUUCUAACAUGUAUGCUUCUGGUGGUAAGUGGGAAGAUGUUGCAGAGGCUCGGGCUGCAAUGAGGGAGGCAGCAGUGAAGAAAGAAGCUGGCUGUAGUUGGGUGACCAUUAAGGAUGGGGUUCAUGUUUUUGUAGCUGGAGAUAAAUCUCACCCAGAUUCAGAGGAGAUUUAUGCAAAGUUGCAGGAAUUGAACAGUAAAAUGAGAAAUGCUGGUUAUGUGCCUCAGACAAAAUAUGCCCUGUAUGAUCUUGAAGUAGAGAACAAAGAAGAACUGCUUAUCUGUCACAGUUAGAAACUUGCAGUUUCCUUUGUUCUCAUUCGGACAUCAGCAUUGCCUAUUAGGAUCAUGAAGAACCUUCGUGUCUGUGGUGAUUGUCACUCUGCCUUCAGAUACAUAUCCAAGAUUGUUGGGCGCUAAAUAGUUUUACGUGACUCCAACAGGUUUCAUCAUUUUAGUGAUGGAAAGUGUUCAUGUGGGGACUACUGGUAAUUGAUUGAUUAAUUGAAUGGGCAUUGACAUUAUUUUUGGGUAAACCCAGUAAAUUGAGUUUUGAACAAAAGCCAUUCCAUUUGAAGAUAAAACAGAUGAAAGACAAGUUGUAGAAUUACAGUUUCCGUCAUCCCCAUUUUAUUUUUCAAUGGAUUUUGAUGUAAGAGAUGAAGAUUUUGGCUUUGUUGUACAGUAAAUUAUCUGAGUGACAGACAUUUUUGUUGCCUAAUCUAAAACAAGUUUUGUUAUGGCUGUCUAUUGUAUCUAUUCUAAUAUUUCUUCGCACUCUAAACUUCUGCUUCCUUUGUACAUGGUACUAUUUUGUCAUUUGUGCAAGAGCUCU